GAAGGGGUCUAUCUGAGUUCUGCCUCUGUUAAUACCACGGUCGUCGACACUUUUGUGUCUCUCCUCUCCCUGAAACAUGGGGAUUCCAGUAUUUCACCUGAGGUCAUUUGUUCAUCAGCGGCUCUCCGCAGCAGCGGAGGAAAUCUUCGGAGAGGUGGAAAAAACCAUAACAGCUUUGUUUGAAGCUGAAGUUUGUCGGUCUAAAGAGGAGGUUGAAAGUCUGCGAAACCAGCUAGACUUGCUGCAGAAGAAGCAAGCUGAGGAGCCUUCAUUGACCAGCAGCACAGUGGAGCAUGAAGAUCAGUGUGAUACCCAUACUCUAGAUGAAAAGCCAGAGCAGUGUACCCUCAGUGGGAGUGAUGAGGUCCCUGGCCCAUCUCAAACCAACUCAGACUUGGUCAGGAAGAGCUGGAGCUGCAGCUUGGUUCAGAAAGACUUAAAGGUGUCUGAGAUAAAAGUAGAGGAGGAAGAGCACUGUGUUGACGACGUUAUACAGAAGAUUAUUUUUCCUUCUUCUGAAAUUGUGAAAAGUGAGGAAAAUCAGCCAGAAGACGCCUUCCAUGAAAUGCCUCUUCUAUCAGUGGACUGCUCCGACACUCAGGCAGAGAUCAAGGAGGAGUUACUGAACAGCAAAGGAGACAGCACCACAACAACUGAAGCCAUAGUGCAAGUACAAAUUGGCAACCCUCCUUGGAAGAGCCAUCAAAGAAUACCUUACAAUAGUCAUUCUGCUAGAAAUGAAAAGAGACGCAGUUUCUGCCAUUUGUGCGGCAAAGGCUUCCGAUACAUUGGGUCUUUGAUGAAGCACAUUAAAGCACAUGAUAAAAAUAUUGAUUGCAGUGUUUGUGGUGUGGCAUGUCAGUCAAAUGAAGAUCUGAUCGAUCACAUGAAAGUUAAACACAGCAUUGCAUAUUUAUGCAACAUUUGUGGCAAAACAUUUGCAAGUAGCCUCUGUCUCCAGCUUCAUGAAAAAAUACAUGCAGAAGUUAGGGAUUUUACAUGUCAAGAAUGUGGCAAAACAUUUUAUAGAAAGGACCAUCUGGUUGUACAUGUGAGGACCCAUUCUGGUGAGAAACCGUAUCACUGUGAUGUUUGCGGGAAAGCUUUCAGUCAGAGCCAGAACCUCACGAUUCAUAAAAGGCGCCAUUCAGGGGAGAAACCAUAUCAUUGUGCCACAUGUGGCAAAUUUUUUUGCUCAGGCGGUCAGCUAAAAAUGCACAUGCUAUACCAUUCAGAGGAGAAACUGUACCCUUGUGAUAUUUGUGGUAAACGUUUUCACGAAAGUGUGAAGAUGAUAAGACACAGGACAACGCACACAAAAGAGAGGCCGUAUGCCUGCCACAUCUGUGGUAUUAAAUACAGGUUUGCAUCUAGUCUAACGGUGCAUCUGCAAUCUCAUAACCACUGAUUAAAAAGUGCAUACCAUCUAACUGUUUGUGUACGAGUCAGAUAAGAAAAGUUUGUAUUUGUGGGGAUGUGAUUAUACACUGAACACUUGAUACAAGGGUUUGUAUGGGGGAUAGAAAUCAUUGAAAAUGCUUGACUUUUGACGUGUUUCAAAGUUUUGAAAAGUGCUUGGAUUCAAGAUGAAGUGUUUGAAAGUGCCUGAAAUUGUAAUUUCAUGUCUCUUGUACCCUGUCCCUACUUUUUUUUAAAUGUGUUGCUGCCAGAAAAUUCAAAAUGA